UCGAAAAUAAGAGGCGAAAGGCGGUGCCGAAAUUAGGAUUUGCGCAACGUUAUCCAAGAGCUUUUAUUAUAAUAGGCACAACAAUUGGUAUGGGCUUAUUCCUGAGCAAACCAAUUUACGACAUAUUCUUUGCUAAGCGACCAGAGAACGCGAAGAGACGUCCACUUUCCGAACGAAUUUGAGUCCGGACAGGUCUGAUCGCGUGAGAGGAUGGAGGCUGUAAGAAAAGCGAAGAAGAGACUGAGAAAAUAUCCGAUGCUGUUAACCCAGUGUCAGGAAUCGGCGUCGAGGUACGCGUCCUGCGUAUUAGCAAAAUCCAAUUUAGAGAAGAACGCAUGCGCCGCGGAGUUCAACGAGUUGAAAAAAUGUCUUGUUAAGGCCGCUGCGAGCAGCAAUACGAGAUUAUAAACGAGCUUGACGAUUGA